CUUAUCUCGGCGGCCGAGCCCACGACCGCUUCCUCCCCAGACGGCCAGUCUCCACCGCCACCGCCCCCGACCCCGACCCCGAAUCCCCCCAAUUCCGGACGCGACCGCGGAACCCUAGCUGCCAUGGCCUCCCCGGAGGGCACCACGUGGGUCUUCGACUGCCCCCUCAUGGACGACCUCGCCGUCGCCGCCGACUUCGCCGCGGCCCCCGCGGGGGGAUUCUUCUGGUCGGCGGCGGCACCCAUGCAGCCGCUGGGGGUGCAGGCGCCGAUGCAGGCCGUCGCUGCCGCGCCGGCUCCCAGUCCCUGCAGUGUGGAAAUCAGUGGCUCUGUGGACUCUGAUCAGGGAAAAGAACAGACAACAAAUAAACGUCCUAGGUCGGAAAGUACAGCACAACCAAGCACUAAAGCAUGCAGGGAGAAGAUUAGAAGGGACAAGCUGAACGAGAGAUUCCUAGAAUUGGGUGCCAUCUUGGAGCCAGGGAAGACUCCUAAAAUGGACAAAUCAGCUAUAUUGAAUGAUGCUAUUCGUGUAGUAGGAGAAUUGCGUAGUGAAGCAAAAAAGCUGAAGGAUUCAAAUGAGAGUCUCCAAGAGAAGAUCAAAGAGUUGAAGGCCGAGAAGAAUGAGCUGCGCGAUGAGAAGCAAAGGCUGAAGGCCGAGAAAGAGAGCCUGGAGCAGCAGAUCAAGUUCCUGAACUCCCGCCCAAGCCUGGUACCGCACCCUCCUGUGAUGCCAGCCUCUGCCUUCGCCGCUCCCCAAGGGCCGGCAGCUGCCUGUCACAAGCUGAUGAUGCCUGUGAUUGGCUACCCUGGGUUCCCGAUGUGGCAGUUCAUGCCACCUUCUGAUGUCGACACCUCAAAUGACCCCAAGUCUUGCCCUCCUGUCGCAUAAGGUGGAAAGAGGCGAUGCCGCCCUCCAUUGAUUCAAGUCUAGCUCUGUCCGCAGUGCUGUCGGUGUAGUUGACUCCAGAACUUGGAAGGUUAUAUGUGUGUCAGCUCGUGACAUGGGUGGUCCGAUGGCACCGUUGUAUAUUAUAUGGUAAAUAAAUUCCGUCACUUAAAUCAAAUGAGAAUUAUAUGCCGUAGAAUUA